ACUUUUCAAACCUCAACUGUAAGAAGCUCGGGUCAGCGUCUGUGCGGUCGCCGCCGGGAGCCGCCUCACCCCGGGCCUGGCUGACGGCGACCGGCCGCGGUGGGCGGGCGGGACAGCGAGGUGAAGUGCCUAGAGAAGCAGUCUAGCAGUCAUCAACAUGUCUCGGAGAAGGUUCGAUUGCCGGAGUGUCUCAGGCUUGCUAACUACAACCCCUCAAACGCCGAUAAAGAUGGAGAAUUUUAAUAAUUUCUAUACACUUACAUCAAAAGAACUCGGGAGAGGAAAGUUUGCUGUGGUUAGACAGUGUAUAUCAAAAUUGACUGGACAGGAGUAUGCUGCCAAAUUCCUGAAGAAGAGGAGAAGAGGGCAGGAUUGCCGGGCAGAGAUCGUGCAUGAGAUAGCCGUGCUGGAGCUGGCCAGGACAUGUCCCCAUGUGAUCAAUCUGCAUGAGGUCUAUGAAAAUGCAACUGAAAUCAUUUUGGUGUUAGAAUAUGCUGCAGGUGGAGAAAUUUUCAACCUGUGUUUACCUGAGUUGGCUGAAAUGAUAUCUGAAAGUGAUGUUAUCAGGCUCAUUAAACAAAUACUUGAAGGAGUUUGUUAUCUACAUCAGAAUAACAUUGUCCACCUUGAUUUAAAGCCACAGAACAUACUGUUGAGCAGCAUUUACCCACUUGGGGACAUAAAAAUUGUAGACUUUGGAAUGUCUCGAAAAAUUGGGAAUGCAUGUGAGCUUCGGGAAAUCAUGGGAACACCUGAGUACUUAGCUCCAGAAAUUCUCAACUAUGAUCCCAUUACCACAGCAACAGAUAUGUGGAAUAUUGGCAUAAUAGCGUAUAUGUUGUUAACUCAUACAUCACCAUUUGUAGGAGAAGAUAAUCAAGAAACAUAUCUGAACAUUUCUCAAGUUAAUGUGGAUUAUUCAGAAGAAACUUUUUCAUCAGUUUCACAACUGGCGACAGACUUCAUUCAGAGCCUUCUAGUAAAGAAUCCAGAGAAACGACCAACAGCAGAAUCCUGCCUUUCUCAUUCUUGGCUUCAGCAGUGGGACUUUGGAAGCUUGUUCCAUCCUGAGGAAACUUCAGGUUCCUCUCAAAUUCAGGAUCAUACCCUCAGGUCCUCUGAAGAUAAGGCCCCCAAGUCCUCCUGUAAUGGAAGCUGUGGAGACCGGGAAGACAAGGAGAACAUCCCUGAGGACGGCAGCAUGGUUUCUAAGAGGUUUCGCUUCGACGACUCCCUGCCCAGCCCCCAUGAACUCGUUCCAGAUUUACUCUGUUAGCACUUUUCUCUGUGACUCAUCUGGACUGACUUGGAUAUUUGAAAUCUCUGGUGUGAGAUUGAGUUUUUAGCUUCAUAUAUAAUGUGUUUAUAUUAUAAAUGCACUUUGCUUAGAAGAACUUAAGGAACAGUUUAAAUGCUAGAUUUCUAUUUGCUAGCAUAUCAUUUCCUAUCCUGAAAUUGUUUUACAGAGAAUAAUAUUUAAAUAUAUGACAAACAUGUAAAUUGUGCAUGUGAGUACACAUGCAAUUGAAAGAAUUCAAGUUCAGUUGAACUUAUAAAAUGUUUUACAUAUCAAGAAAAAUGGGGUGUAUUAUGGUUAGUAAAGAUUGAACAAAAUGAAAACAUUAGAAUUUAGUAGGUUCUCUCUAAGGUGAGCCUGUACCAUAACUGUUGACAGAAUUUAUUUGGGGAAAUACUAUCAAGUGUAAACCACAGUAUGUACUGCUUUACAAGUACUCCAGAGACAUUUUACAAUUGAAAUGCUUCCCAGCUACCAAUAGCUUGAAACCUAGGAAUGACUUUCUUUGUGUGCCAUAUGCCCUGUGAGAGGGCCCAGUCAACAGCAUAGAGGAAGCAAGACUGAUCCAGGUGUUUCUCUGCAAGCUGAAUCAAAGCAUGGCAUCAUUUCUCAGCUCUUGUAUCUUGCACAUUCAUCAUACAUCAGAUCUAAUAAGAUCUGGAAGAUGGGUAUGAAUGGUAUGCAAAUAAAAGAGGCCCUCACCUUCUAGAGGAGAAUUGGGUAAAACCAAAUGUGUUCUAAUUUCAUUGUCAGGAGUAUUCACAAAGGGAAAUGUUAAGACUGCACAGCUUGCUUAAUCUUGGGUGUCUCCUAAGUCUCUGAAGGCAAGCCCAUCACUUGAAGUGAUCCAUAAAGAUCCAGAGAACUUUUAACACCAGAGUCCUUAGUAGGCUUAGACACUUCUGGAGUUCUUGUGUGAAAUUCCUGUGAGUGCUUGGCAUGCAGCUAUCCUCAGGGUCCUGUGUGCGUGUUCUUCUGGGAGCAGCACAGUGAGAGCCUAGUGUUGAGGCAGUGGUCUGAACCACAUUCAGUCCUGCUGGGAGGGGCUCGGGAGUGCCUGGCGGUUUCCCACUGGUGUCUGUUUAAAGGUCAGCAAUAAGUCGUGUUAAGAUACUGGUCUCAUAAAUAGGCUAGUAUAUCAAACUUCAUUGAAAUGGGUAUUAAUCUAACAACUGUAAAUUCUUGAAAUUGUUAAUAAAAUUUCAAAUUCUUUAGAUAACUUGAAACUGUUUAAAAUGGCAUUGGUGUGUGUUUGACCAAACGUCGAGUUCUUUUUACAUCUUUGUCAUUUUUAAAGGAGAAGUCCUUUGUAUAUGUGUGUAUAGGUGUAUGUGUACUGGUAUAGAUAUAAAUGUAUAGAUAGAUAAAAUACAUCUUUUAAACAACUUUAUCUUAGACAUUCUUGGCUUGUGUAUUAUACUCAACUCAGGUGCCAACGAAACCCUCUUUUUUGGAUAAUGAAGUGCAUAUACAAUUCUUUAGAAGUAGGCUAUUGGCCCAAUAAGCCGAACACUGAAGAUGCUAAACUUAACUCUUGUGUGUCUAAAAUGGAUGAGUUGUUGGUAAAUUGUUGAUUGCUAAUCAGAUAAAGUCACUAGUCAGUCACUAGGAAAUGUGAAUACUUUCUCAGAAGAUGACACUUUAUUGUAAAACUUUAAAAAGCAUUAUGCCAGACCCCAAAAGUAAACAUUUGAAAAUUUAAUUUUAAGCCACUUGUUAAAAGCCACUUUUAUUGCCUUAAUUUUUCUCUGAGGGUCCUGAGAUAGUUUGUGUGUCCUCUUUAGUUAAUGGGCUACCAUGUUGUAAAUCCCCACACCUUUUUUUGGGUCACUGUUUAUUGUAAAACAGUAGUUACUGGUUGCACACAUAUAAAAAACGAUUUCUUUUUCCAUAAAAGUGCAUUUAAAUAUUUUCCAUGUCGAAAUGUGGAAAUAAAUGUCUUUUUGAGAGAAUUUA